CACUCACCCUCUCUCUGCACUGCACUUCCCAAGGGUGGAUCAGCCAGCUCCUCUCCUCCCAGCUCUGGCUGGAACCCCAGGCAAGUCAUCUGGCUCUGAAGGAUCCUCACACCAUUCUGCAGACUGAAAAGUCAGAGCAACAAGAAACCAUACUCUGAAGAGAAAGAAAAGACGAGUUCUAGGAACCAAUAAAGACAGGAACCUAAACAGCAUUGAGAAUCUGAAAGGCAACUCAGAGAAAAGUGCCAAGAAAUUCCUAAUUUCAACCUCAGCUCCCCAGCUGGGGACAGGAAACCUGACUCGGAAAGUGUAAGAACUUCAAUACUGCGUGAUCUUCCCAACAUGGCCACCAACUCUCCUCCACCAUUCACCACUGAGGUCACUAGGACUGAGAACAGCAGCUUCUUCUAUGACUACGACUACCUGGAUGAGGCAGCCUUCUUGCUCUGCAGGAAGGAUACCAUCCUAUUCUUUGCCAAGAUCUUCCUGCCGGUCAUCUACAGCCUGAUCUUUGUGUUGGGCUUGAGUGGGAACCUCCUGCUUCUUGUGGUCUUGCUCUGUUAUGUGCCUCGUAGGCGGAUGACUGAAGUCUACCUGCUGAACCUGGCCAUCUCCAACCUCCUGUUUGUGGUGACAUUGCCCUUCUGGGGCAUCUCCAUAGCCUGGCAUUGGGUCUUUGGCAAUUUCUUGUGCAAGAUGGUGAGCACCCUCUACACCAUUAACUUUUACAGUGGCAUAUUCUUCAUUAGCUGCAUGAGUCUGGACAAGUACCUGGAGAUUGUCCACGCUCGGCCCCUGCAUAGACUGAGGACUCGAGCCAAGAGCCUGUUCCUAGCAGUCAUCGUGUGGGUUGUGGCCCUGGCCAUCUCCAUCCCUGACAUGGUCUUUGUACAGAUACAUGAAGACCCCCAGGGUGUGUGGAACUGCUACCCAGAUUUCGGUGGGCAUGGGACCAUUUGGAAACUCUUCCUUCGCUUCCAGCAGAACAUCCUGGGCUUUCUCCUCCCACUUUUAGCCAUGAUCUUCUUCUACUCCCGCAUCGGUUGUGUCCUGGUCAGGUUGAGGCCACCAGGCCAGGGUCGGGCUCUAAGAAUGGCUGCAACCCUGGUGGUAGCCUUCUUUGUGAUGUGGUUCCCAUACAACCUUACCCUGUUUCUGCACUCGCUGCUGGACCUACAAGUCUUUGGGAACUGCAAGGUCAGCCAGCAUCUAGACUAUGCAAUGCAGGUGACAGAGAGCCUCGCCUUCUUUCACUGCUGUUUUACCCCUGUCCUCUACGCCUUCUCCAGUUGUCGCUUCCGCCAGUAUCUGAAGACUUUCCUGGCUGCUGUGCUCAGAUGGCACCUGGCACCUGGCACUGCCCAGGCCUCAUUGUCCAGCUGUUCUGAGAGCAGCAGGCUUACUGCCCAGGAAGAAAUGACAAGCAUGAAUGACCUUGGGAAAAGGCAGGCUGAGGGCUCUCUUAGCUAAGGGAACAUAGUAGAAUAAUUAAGUCUGAGUGGCCACGCCAGGGCACAGGGUGCCUGCUGGGUUGGACUUGCACCUGAAGCACUAACUCCAAAGGCUGCAGUGACCAUGCUUGGUUCUCAGUUGUCAACCAUCAGCAGCACUGGCUACUCUUGCCUUUUUCUGUUAUAGGAGACUUGGGACUCUGAAGCAAUAAAGCAGCACUUUAUUGUGCUGAAAGAGACUCAGCGGACUCAUGUCCAAAGGCUGAGCCCUGAGAACAAAGGGGUCUUGUGUUAUGUACCCUUGCAAGCAAGUU